GCAAUAAAGCAUUUUUAGCAAUAAAGAAUUUUUAAAUUAAAGUAUGUACAUUGUUUUUUAGACAUAAUGCUAUUGCACACUUAAUAGACUACAGUAUAGUGUAAACAUAACUUUUAUAUGCACUGGGAAACCAAAAAAAUUUAUGUGACUCUCUUUAUUGCAAUAUUCACUUCGUUGUGGUGGUUUAGAACUGAACCCACAAUAUCUCUGAGGUGUGCCUGUAAAUGCCAAUGGAAUGCCUAUGUGCAUGGGCAGAGUUUUACAAAGGUUUGCUUUUCCCAUUUGAUUGGGGUUGGUGAUCAUUGGGGAUGGGUCAUUGCAUUGAGGAAUCACCAAGUCUAUUACCUAAGGAGUGUGUCAUAAUACUCUGUUUUCAGUACGUUCCUCACCACUACCCCCACCAGCGACUGCUGUCUUUGAGUACAAAUCCUCUCAAAUCCCCUCUCUUCUGAAAGUCAUUCUCUUGUUUUCUGCUGCAAUGGGUAGGCACAAUUGCCUGGCUGAGGGGUAAAGAUCUCAAAAGUUAACCGUUUCUUAAAUAAAAUUUCAAGAAAUUUUCCUAUUUGGUCCUAGCCAGAACUACCUGCCCACUCUUCCUUUCAGAGGUAUAUGACGCAUUAAAUCCCUGAGAUAGUUCAGAGUUUUGUGGCACAGUUGGCUUGCUUCUUAUUGGCUUCUUCACCUUGAAACUUAGAUUUCAACUUUCUCUGAUCUGCCUCAUCAGUUACCACUCAGCCGUUUGUUUUGUCAGUUUCCAAAAUUUUGUUGACAUCUCUUAUCUGCUGUUGUUUCCUCUCUUGUACUCCUCAACUUUGUGGGUGUACAUUUCAUUUUACCUUAGUACCAUUUUAGAGCUGUUUGGAGAGCAGAUAGAAAAGAAUGUGUUCAAUCUGCCAUGCCUACUCAGAAGCAUUUAAAAAUUCCAUUUUUAAAGGAAAAAGUAUGCAUAUAUUGUAAAUAAAAAAUAUCUACACCAAAUUUGUUAGCAGAGGUCAUCUCUGGGUGUUGCGAUUAUGGGUAGUUUUUCUUUACUUGCUUAUAUUUUUCAAAAUUAUCUAUAGCAAGAUACUUAGUAACUAGAAAACAAUGAUCUAAGUAAAAUGAUAUUAUUAGAUAGCUGUCUCAGUCAAAGCAUUUUAUACUAGUUUAAAAUCUGAUUAGUUGAAUCAUAUGAAAUUGCUAUUUUUUCAAAUAAAACAAAGGUUGAAUAACAGUAAUUUCAUAUGGUUCAAUCUAAACUAUCUAAUAUAGUACAGACCUUAGAGGAGACAUAGCCUGGAAAGUGAAGCCAUUGUCUACUCAGGUCAGAUUAAAAGUCAAGAGAAUGUAAACCAUCUUUUAUUGCUAGGUGACUCUUGGGGUUCAUCCCAGAGCCAUUGCCUGUGCUAUUCUCCAAGGGCCAUUCUUUACUGGGCCCACUGGUUGAAGAUAUUCAUGUGCUAACCUAGUUUUCAGCAGCACACUGAUUUGGAUAUAACUGAUAAGAAAAAUAGUAUUAUUUCCUUCUUUUCUCCCUUACUGGUACGCUUCACACAUAUCUGUAUUGGAAUUCCCUGGGCAUAUGCCUUUUUCUCUCUUCUAGAUUGUUACAGUCUUUGAAGGUAGGGAUCCUCAUCUUACUGGUGUUUAUGGAUUGUUUGAGAAAACACUGCUCAGUGUAUCACACAGUGUUUUUCUCUAAAGAUUCAUAGGAGAAAUUUUUCUUGGGCAAAUGGCUUGUUUUUAGUUUAGGAGCACAGUGUAAUGUAUGCCAGAUUGUAUUUCCCCUACUUUGCAUGGGCUGCUAGGAAGCUCAGAGCCACACUUGUGCCAUAGUUCUAAGCAGUUCCUUCUUGAAAUCUCUGCUUAGAUGUCUUGUGGUUUUUCUAUUAGUUUCUUAUUGCUGCUGUAACGAUUACCAUAAACUUAGUGGCUUAAAGCAACACAAAGUAAUCACCUUACAGUUCUGGAGCUCAGGAAUCUUAAAUCAGUUUCACUGGACUAAAAUCCAGGUGUUGGCAGGUGUUUCUUCUGGAGACUGUAGGGGAGAAUCCAUUUCCUUAUCUUUUACAACUUCCUGGGCUUGUUACCCCUUCCUCCGUUUUCAAAGCCAGCAGCACAUUAUCUUCUCUUCUCUUUGACUUCUGCUUCUGUGCCUACAUCCUUUCUGACUCUGAUCCUUUUUCCUCCUUCUUAUAAAGACCCUUGUGAUUACCUUGAGCCUACCCUGAUAAUCCAGGAUAAAAUCUCCCCAUCUCAAAUUUUUAACUUAGUCAUACCUGCAAAGCCUCCUCCCCCCGCCCCUUUAAUAGAUUUUAGUUUUUAGAACAGUUUUAGGUUCACAGGAAAAUUGAGCAGAAAGUACAGAGAUUUCCCAUAUACUUUCUACCCCCAUACGUGCAUAGCCUCCUCCACUCUCAAUAUCCUGCACCAGAGUGGUACGUUUGUCACGUUGAUGAACCUACAUUGACAUGUCAUCAUCACCCAAAGUCCAUUGUUUACAUUCUUGGUGUUGUACAUUCUAUGGGUUUGGACAAAUGUAUAAUGACAGGUAUUCAUUAUUGUGACAUCAUACAGAGUAUUUUCACUGCCCUAAAAUUCCUCUGUGCUCUGCCUAUUCAUCUCUUUCUCCCAACCCCUGGCAACCACUGUUCUUUUCAUUGUCUCCAUAGUUUUGCCUCUUCCAGAGGGUCAUAUAGUUGGAAUUAUACAGUAUGUAGCCUUUUUGGAUAGGCUUUUUUCACUUAGCAAUAUACAUUUAAAUUUCCUCCAAGUAUUUUCAUGGCUUGAUAGCUCAUUUCUUUUUAGCACUGAAUAAUAUUCCAUUGUUGGGAUGUGCCACAGUUUAUUAAUUCGUUCACCUACUGAAGGACUUCUUGGUAACUUCCAAGUUUUGGCAGUUAUAAAUAAAGCUGCUGUUAACACGUGUGCAGGUUUUUGUGUGGACAUAAGUUUUGAACUUAUUUGAGUAAAUACCAUGGAGUGUGAUUUUUGGAUCGUGUGGUAAGAGUAUGUUUAGUUUCGUAAGAAACCACCAAACUGUCUUUCGAAGUGGGUGUACCAUUUUGCAUUCCCACCAGAGGUGAGUGAGAAUUCCUAUUGUGCUGCAUCCUCAACAGCGUUUGGUGUUGUCAGUGUUUGGGGUUUUGGUCAUUCUAAUAGUCAUGUAGUGUUAACUCGUUAUUGGUUUAACCUGCAUUUUCCUGAUGACACAUGAUGUCGAGCAGCAGAGUUCCUUUUUAUCACGUGAGGUAACAUAUUCACAGGUUCUGGGGAUUAGGGCAUGGUCAUCUUAUUCAGACUGUCACAAUCUUCUCAAUAUUAAUUCCGUGCAAAUGAAAAUUUUUCUUUCCCUAACUAAAGCAGUACCUCUGUAAACCCGUCUCCCUGCAUCCUUCCCCAUCUCAGUAAAUGGCCCUCCCAUCUACUAAUCAUUCACCGCAGACACUCCCUCCCUCCCCCCACAUCCAGUUCUGCCAUAUCCACUUCUAAGAUGUAUCUAGAGUCCAAUCAUGUGUCUUUGUGGCCACAGCCACCACCCUAGGCUAAGCCACCACCAUCUCUCGCCUGAACCACCAUAACAGCUCUCUAAUUUUUCUCAUCCACUCUUGCCUUUUACUAUAUUCUCUAUAAAUCAUCCAGAUUAAAAAAAAAACCAAAAACCACAAAGCAAAACAUGCCAUCUUCCUACUUUAAUACACACUAAUACAGUAGUUUCCUUUCUCAUAUAGAAUAAAAUCUAAACUCCCUCCUAUAGCUCAUAAAGCCCCUCUUAAAGCACAUCUCGCUCUGCUCUCUUCACCACCAUAUUCUCGCCACGCCAGCCCCCCUCAUUUUUCUCUAAAUGGCCCAAGCCAUGCUUCUUGCAUGCGGUUCCUCUGCCUGAACUCUUCCCCCAACUCUUUCCUGACUAAAUCCUUGUCAUCUUUUUGGUCUCAGCUGAAAUGUGUCCUCCUCAGAGAUGACUGUCCGUACAACCCCACAUUGCUUUGCACCCACUUUUCUCCACCACCUCACGCCUUUACAUAGUCUUCAUAGACUUAUCACUAUUGGUAAUUACUCAGUUGUUGUUUAUGUCAUUCAUCUUCUCUCUCAGGUUGUUAAUUCCACGAAGGCAGGGCCAUUUCUGCUUCAUUCAUCAUUGGAUGCUUCAUUGGUAUUUGGCACUUAGGAGGCACUGAAUUCAUUUUGUAUAUUAUCCUCACCCUGACUUUAUCUUACCUUUUUGCUUUUAUUUUCCUUUUUUAAGGGAAAAUACAUUUUUAAAAAAAUUUCCUUUGUUGGAGUAUAGUUGACUUACACUGUUGUGUUAGUUUCUGCUGUACAGCAAAGUGAGUCAGUUAUACUAUUUUCCUUUUGUUUGGAUCGUCUAUAGCUUUCUGCUGUAGCAAGAGAAAAACUCACAAAGUCCCAGGAUCUACUCAGAGUUGAGGAGGUAGAGCUAUCUCUGCCCUUCACCCCUCCCCAGUUGUACUAUGUGUCAUGGGUAAAAGAAAUGUUUUUCUACUAGUAUUAUCUCCCAAGGGAAAGUGGGGAUUCACCCCAGAAUGCCAGAUAGGCCAUGGACCGUCUAAGGGGAAAGCCAGAAUGCCUUUCUGGACUUGGGAUUAAAAUUGUCCUGCCUAAUAAUGUAAAAAGCUUAUUUUCACUCACUGGGGGCAGAGUGCUUCCUUAGAUUAAUAUGAUGCUAAAUGAUUUUUUUUUUCUCCCACUGGCUGGGUUUGGAGAUAAGAAAUACUUAGGCUGUGGAUUCUAGGAGGAGGAACCAGGUUCAGAGCUCGUCUGCUUGUAGAGACAAUGAGGACACUUGAGAUGAGCAGGGUGUGAAUGUGUAGGAUUCCUCAGGAGAGUGAUGACAGUACGGGAUACCCUGGGAGAAAGAGGUCCUUAGCGCUUUUCUCCUGACCUCUGACCCUUGAGCAGGUGGCACACAGAGUACCGUCCUUCAUUCUGCGACACAGUUGUCAUAUUCCUUGGCACAGUGCCCUUGGCCUUCCAUAUAUGCUGUUCUAUUCAGAGCUAGCGAAUAGCUUAUGGAUUUAGGUUCUCGACUGGGUCAGGAAACCUGUAUUGACAUCACGUUUGUCGAUCCUCCCCAGGACCUCUUUCCCUAUAGGUGCCACAUGCCAUGAUUUAUACACAAACAUGAUUUGCCUGAUUGUUGCAGUCUGGGCCCAGAACAAUUUUAAUUAACAGGAAAAUGGUCCUCAAUACACCGAUUAGACCUCUUCAGGUACGGCAAGAUAAAAGCCUGAUAAUUUGGAUGGAGUACUCUUCUUAAAUGUCUACUCUAUACACAGCAGCCAAUGGGAAAGCCAGGUUGUCUCCCACCUGAUCCAAUGAGUAAUUAAGAGAGGGCUUUUUCUUCCCCAUCUCUCCCCUCCCUCCAUCCCCCACCCCAACUGAAGCUUAACAGGUUGGUGUUAUAAUUUGGAGACUUUCAGGGGUGUCAUGCUAGGAGCUUAGGCAAGAGACAGGGCGUCUCUUCCCCAGCUCCCCAGGCAUGUCCAGCUGGAUUUGAAAAGCAGGCAAGUGACAGGAGGAAAGAGGUGGAAGCAGGCAAAGUAGGUAACGUUUCUCAGCAAAGUUUGAGAGGGGCCUGUGGCCAUGAGUGAGCUGGGCACACAGAAGACCAGCGAUGGUACCGUCUCUCGCCUGCUCAAUGUGGUGGAAAGUGAGCUUCAGGCAGGGAGGGAAAAAGGCGACCCUACGGAGAAGCAACUUCAGAUCAUCCUGGAGGAUGCCCCUCUCUGGCAGAGGUUCAAGGAAGUCACUAAUGAAAUGAUCGUGACCAAGAACGGCAGACGGAUGUUCCCGGUCCUAAAGAUUAGCGUCACGGGGCUGGACCCCAAUGCCAUGUACUCGCUCUUGCUGGACUUUGUCCCAACGGACAGUCACCGCUGGAAGUACGUCAAUGGGGAAUGGGUGCCCGCGGGCAAGCCAGAGGUCUCCAGCCACAGCUGUGUCUACAUCCACCCGGACUCCCCCAACUUCGGGGCCCACUGGAUGAAGGCGCCCAUCUCCUUCAGCAAAGUGAAGCUGACCAACAAGCUCAACGGAGGUGGGCAGAUAAUGUUGAAUUCUCUGCAUAAAUAUGAACCCCAGGUUCACAUAGUGCGUGUUGGAGGUGCCCAUCGAAUGGUGAUGAACUGCUCCUUCCCUGAAACCCAGUUCAUAGCUGUGACUGCCUAUCAGAACGAGGAGAUAACAGCUCUCAAAAUCAAGUACAACCCUUUUGCCAAAGCCUUCUUGGAUGCUAAGGAAAGGAACCACCUCAAAGACGUUCCGGAAGCUAUGUCUGAGAGCCAGCAUGUGGCCUAUUCUCACUUGGGAGGCUGGAUCUUUUCCAAUCCGGAUGGAGUAUGCACAGCAGGAAACGCCAAUUACCAGUAUGCUACUCCUUUGCCUCUGUCUGCUCCCCACGCCCACCACGGCUGUGAGCACUAUUCUGGCCUCCGAGGACACCACCGGCAGGCUCCAUACCCUUCUGCGUACAUGCACAGAAACCACUCUCCCUCAGUGAAUUUGAUAGAAAGCCCCAGCAAUAAUCUGCAAGUUUUCUCUGGAGCCGACAGCUGGACUUCCUUACCCUCCACACCCCACGCCAGCAUCCUGUCUGUACCUCACACCAGCGGACCGAUCAAUCCAGGGCCUAGCCCCUACCCGUGCCUGUGGACCAUCAGUAACGGUGGCGGGGGCCCUUCCGGGUCGGGCUCAGAGGUGCACGCCGGCUCCCCGGGAGCAUUUCUCCUGGGUAAUCCAGCUGUGACUUCGCCCCUCUCCACCCAGGCUCCUGCUUCGGCUGGUGUGGAGGUUCUGGGGGAGCCCUCGCUGACCAGCAUCGCUGUGUCUACCUGGACAGCAGUGACCUCGCAUCCCUUCUCAGGCUGUGGUAGCCCGGGUGGGGGUGGGCGCCAGUCUCCCUCCUCACUGGAGAGUUAAGCAGGAUCCUAGGAAAGUUGUCAGCAGAGAACCUGCUAGGUGUAGAGCUCUUAGAAGUCUCACCUACUAAUCCCAGUGAGUCAGACUGCAGAGUCUCCCCACCCAGUGAACGGGGUUAUACCAGAAGCCUACAGGGAGAUGGUUUAGUUUGGAUAAUGCUAAUUUUGUCACCUGCAUCUCUCCACCAUUUUCUUUCUGCGCUCCCAUUUUCUCUGCAACUUAUCCGUGCUAUGCUUAGGCAACAAAAGUUCGUUGAGUAUUUUCCUCGUGCCCUGCCCCUUACUGUCAAGUGAUUCUAGAAGGCUGUCCUUCUUGUUCUGUGGACGUGAUGCAAGGCUGUUAAGUGAGCUCAACAUUUACUUAGCCUAAGGCCACUGCUUUGGAGCUUUGUGCAGCCCUGAAAGUAUGUGUGGCCACAGAGACCAAGGAAGGGUGUAAGUCCAUGGAGUGAAGUUAACGAAAACAGAGCUAAUCACAUAUUACAGCGUAGAGAAUUGAGGAAAUGAGAUCAUGUCACUCCCUGGCUUAGAAACCUUCGAUGGCUCACCAUUGCCUACAGAUUGAAGUCGAUCUCCUCUGCCAUCUGCCCUCAAACCACUUUUCCAGCUUUAGCUACCUGUUUUCCCUUUAGCAUCCUAUAUUUCAGUCAAGGCAUACAUUCUGCCCCUGUCUUUUGAACGUUCAGUGUACUCUCCCAGCUCUGUACCUACUCCUGUACCUGAAAUAUCCUUCUCUGUUCAGUCCUACCUGUACGAAUCCUGCCCGUCUCCCAGGGACUGGCCAGAGCACCACCCACUGCAUCAAGCAUCUGAUCUGCUGGGCUCCCUGACCUCCCACUGGUUUUGCCUCUGUUCUAGAGCUCACCUCAUUCUGCCUUGUAUUUUUAGUACCUGUGCGUAUGUCUCUCUCCCACUAGACUGUGAGCCCCUCGAGGGUGAGGCCCAGCCUUCUUGUCUCUGUUCCCCAUAGCAGCAUCUGGUUCUGUGCCUUGCCUAUAGUAGGUGCCCAAUAAACACUGGUUGAGUUGAGUGCGUGUGAAGUGCAUGUGCUAAAUGGACAGUUGUGGAGCUCACUAGGGGGCAGAGCUCAGAGACACGUGUCCCGAGACAGGGCAGCAGGUCCGAGUGGGAUCCCGGGGUCAUGCUUGGUGUUGCAUAUGAGAUGCAGCCCAUUCUCAGUGAUUGAUGAUAUAAGGAGUCGGUGUGGACUAGAGCGGUUAUUCUCAAACACUGGUCCUUGGAUCCCCUGUGCCGGCAUCACCUGGAACACCUGGGCGUACUGCAUACCUCUUGGGUCAGAAUCUUUGGGGCUGGAGUCCAGGAAUCUGUGUUUUGUACAAGUGCUCCAGACAGUGACCUCAGAGCCAAACUUGGAAACAGCUUGCCUGGAAUAGAGAAAGAGAAUGAUAAAUACUCCAGGAACCUCACCAGAUAAGAGUUUCAACCUCUGCCCCAGCCUAGGCCAUUGCUGUAGCCAGUGAGCAGAAUCACGGUUUCAUUGGUUUCCCUUUUCCUUUUCUAUCCACCACUGCACGUGCUGAUCGCCACAGGAGUGAGGUUUCCAGACCUGGGUGAUGGGCGAUUCUCCCAUCAUCAACAUCACGCUGCACUGACUGGUAGCCUUCUUGGGUCAUCCCUGAGGGAGUCUGAGGGUCCACUCGGGGCCUGGCAAUGGCUCAGCUGCUCCCACCCCUAUUCCAUCAGUGGAGCCCAUGCAAACCCACGCAGACCAAGCCUUAGCCUGGGACAUCCUGUUGAGUCUAUGGCUCUUUCUGCAGAGAAGGGUCUUUUUUUUUUUUUUUUUGCAGUACGUGGGCCUCUCACUGUUGUGGCCUCCUGUUGCGGAGCACAGGCUCCGGAUGCGCAGGCUCAGCGGCCAUGGCUCACGGGCUCAGCCGCUCCGCAGCAUGUGGGAUCUUCCCGGACCGGGGCACGAACCCGUGUCCGCUGCAUCAGCAGGCUGACUCUCAACCACUGCGCCACCAGGGAAGCCCGAGAAGGUCUUUUAACAUGUUGUGGUUACCCUGAUAUUUUGGUGCCAUUCCAUUUCUGGACCUGGAUCUCUAGAAACGACACCAGUCCCACCACAUGGUAUCCUGGGAAGUCACUUGACCACACUUAGUGUUGCCUGGCCAGAGCUCUGGGUCCCUAACUGGUGUGUGAGUGACCAAGGCACAAUGUACCUACACGACUGCUCUUUGAAAAGCUCCCUGAGGCAGGACUGUUUUUGGUUCCCUGGUUCCUCUGCGAUAUCAUUAGAGGCCAUUAAGAUAUUAAUACACUAGCAUUUCUGCAAGAUGGUAUUUUGGUAAGUUAGAAGUUUAGGCCUCUUCACCAGUCACUGCAGUGAUUGGUCACACACCUAAGUGCUUAGCAAGUACAAUUAGGUCUAUGAAAACCUACGUUUAGUCUCACCUUCCUGCACCUCCCCCCGGCCUGGGGGAGCCAGAAGAUGUGGCCCAGAGGCACAGAGCAGAAAGAAGCCAAUAACCUCCUUCCUUUCUUCAUUUAUAUUGCUCAGGUGAAUUGGGGUCUCUGUGAAGCAAUAAUGUAAGUGUUAGCUGAGUCUGGGGCGAUUAUACCUUAUCAGUCUUACUGGAUGCUCAGCUUGGAACCUGCGAUGAUUUUUAAACACAACGUGAUAGCUGGUUCCACAUGGAGGAUCUCUAUUUGGUGUUAGCCAUGCAGCUAGAGUCAUAUACUUUCUGGUGUUUUCUCCAGAUUGUCCAGGACUAAUUUCUGAUUAAUUGCUUACGUCAGUUUAAUAAACGAUAGAGUCUCUGACAUAUUAGACAAACUUGGAAACCUUUUACAUCCUUUCCUUACUGAUGCACCUUCUUUAUCUGACUCAAAAAUGGUACCACUUCAGAGUUUUAGGCGUCUACACCUCUUCUAUCACAUGACAUUUAAAAGAAAUUUAAAUCCCACUUGGAUAGAAAGAGUUAAUACAAUUCCUUUAGCCAGGUGGUAGAGAUUUUAACGCUCCUGAAGGCCUGAUCUAUUUGGAAGUGUCUCCCCUUGUGGGACCUCACGUCAUCUCCGUGGCUCUCCCGCGUCCUGCCGAGCCACACUUAUCACCAAACACUUCUGCCCACCGGAUUUGGGCCAGGAGUUUGCAGCCACUGCUCACUCCCUUCGGCACCUCCUAGACCUGGGAUGGAGGGGUGGGGAGGUGUGAUAUGAGGAGAGUGAGAACACUAGGUUAUUAAGAAAAAAACUCGAUAAAAGAUCUCUGAAGUCUGGUAGAUGUUUGCCACGUUUCCCCAAGACUGGAAUAACUUUGGGUGAAUAAUAGCAUCUCACAUUUGUGAAGACUAUUAGUCCUUGUUUUAUGGACCCAUAGGUUAUUCAAAGUUGGGGAAGGGCAACUGGGACAUUCCAGUGGCACUUGUUUCAACUCCCUCCCUUUUAUUUUCUCCACUCAUUGAGCCACUCAUUGGCUCCUGGACAGGCUGGUAAACAGAAUAUGGGCCUUUGGGAGCAGAGGUCAGGGAAGGUGUAUGCAGUGCUGGAAAAGGCAUAAGGGAAGAGCCUCUGGGUUCUGAAGAUUCCAAACCCUUCCCAUUACCGUCACUGUAGAGACAGCCACGAUGUCUGCCACGUACCCCAACAUUCUGGGUACAAAUUCCCACACCCCCUCCCACGCACUUGGGGGAACUACCUCCCCUCCACCUGCUCUCUACAUCUGCAGUGGGGGCUGCCACACCCAUACUCCAUCCUGCCGAGCUGGUUGGGUCGGAGGGACCCGCUGCCAGAGUCCCAUCUGCUAUGGGAUGAACAAGCCACCCAACACGGGCAAACACGCACAGGCUCAUUAAUUCCAAGCUUCACUAUGUUACAGGCUAUGUUAGGCCUGUGAAGAUGCUUUAAAAAUGGAAAAAGUGGAGCUUGCAUUUAUCAUAAACAAAAUGGAAUUGGAAAUACCUGCUAAGGCCAGUGGUUAAAAGUUGUGGCAAGUAGCAAGCUUCGUUAGUACGUGUGACUAGCCUCGCCUAGAAAAGGGACUGAGAUGCUCCUUUUAAGUGAAGUUUCUCCCAUUGGGGCAUCCGACACAUGGUUGAUCUGUACUGGCUGGAUUCUGUGCUAAGCACUAGUUACACAGCUACUUAGGCAAAUGCAGCUCUUUCUUGUUGACUAGUGGAGAUCGCCUCCGUGACGUGGCUGGGUCCUAGUGGGUGUGUUCUAAUCACCUCCGUCUGCAGGUCAGCGUGUCUGCCUGGCAACAUCACCGACAUCUUGGUUCUCAGGCUGUGGUUAGGAUCUUGGAUCAUGAUUACAAAAAUACAGAAGGGGCUGCAAGGAAACCACUGUUACCAAAGUGAACCCAGAUCCUCCUCAGCUGGCAAUGGAGGGAGAAUAUUCUGUGAGAGGGGCAGUUAGAUUUUGCAGCUUCUAGAUUCCUGGGGAAUCUCUCAGAAUCACUACAGUCUCCACUGCAAAGGGCUCUAUCACUGCCUCAGCUGUGGACCCGUGAUCACCCCACUUGGAUACACCAGCCAAGUUGUACUGUCUUUUUUUCUAGAGGCUUAUAGAGGGAAACUCGAGAACAGAAAGGAUUAUAUUAUAUACAUCUGCAUAACUUGGUUUUCAAGUUAAUCAUCUUCAAUUUACUAGCAUCGAUUUUAACAUUUUUAUUUGUAUUGAGAUGGACAUAUAUGAUAGGAAGCCCACAAAUCUUAAUGUUUAAAGCUUGAUGAAUACUUACAUAUGUACAUUCUUGUAAAACUCCUAAUAAGAUCAAAAUAUAGAAUAUUUCCAGCACCCUAGAGGGCUCCGUGCGCCCCUUCCCAGGCAAUACUUGCCCCCAAGAUAAAUACUACUCUGACCACCAUCACCGCAUGUUAGUUUAACCUAUUCUUGACCUUCAUAUAAAUGGAAUCAAAUAGUAGGAACUCUGUCUCUGGCACCCUGUCUACCUCCCAUCUAGCCCUCCAUUCAGAUCAUCUUUUCAGCUUUUAGUAGAAAUACUCUCAGUAUAUUAAUUCGAUUCUUUGAUGUUCAAACCAAGAGACUGAUGCCCAGAAAAACGUAGGAGUUUCUCUUCUGAGGUUUCCCACCUUCUCUCUGGAUGACUGGUAGAGGCAAUGUCUACCUUCUUGUAGCAGAUUCUCACUUUUCCCCCACCUCCACAAGACACUUACACCAGAAUGCAGCAUAGCAAAUUCAGCCUCUGAACACUUCGAGCAGUUAAAGGACUGUUUUGUUACAAGGACUUUAGAAAGCGUUUAUUGCUGCCCAUUCAGUUUAGGGAUGACAAAACACUGGUUUAACAUUAUCCAUGAAUGGAGUAGGUCACAGUGUAUGCGACAGGAUUUGUAAGGCACUGACUUAGGAUCCCCUAAGAGUUUAUCUCCUGGUGCCUGACCUACCCCAACUUAUUUUUCCAGUUUGUGUUUCUUUUGGGUUGAGACAAGGAAAAUCAUUUUACUGUGUAAAUAUUAUCUGUGAAGAAUAGCUGUCUGACUUGUUUGUUGCCUACAUUACCACAGGCAAUAUAAAUUAUCAAAUUAUUUAGCUAAUAAUUGAGUUCCUGAGAGAAGGACAUCAGAGGUAAGUUUUAUGGAGGUGAAGAGAUUAUUACUAUUUAAAAAAAAUUCUCUCAUUGAAGUAUAGUUGAUUUACAAUGUUGUGUUAAUUUCUGCUAUACAGCAAAGUGAUUCAGUUAUACAUAUACAUACAUACUUUUUCAUAUUCUUUUCCAUUUUGGUUGAUCACAGGAUACUGAAUACAGUGCCCUAUGCUAAUACAAUCAGACCUCGUUGUUUAUCCAUUCUAUAUAUAAUAGUUUGCAUCUGCUAACCCCAAACUCCCAACCUUUUCCUCCCCCACGUCCCCUCCUCCUUGGCAACCACAAGUCUGUUCUCUAUGUCUGUGAGUCUGGUUCUGUUUCGUAGAGAAGUUCAUUUGUGUUUUAUUUUAGAUUCUACAUAUAAGUGAUAUCGUAUGGUAUUUGUCUGUCUCUUUCUGACUUACUGAGGUGAAGAGACUAUUGAUAACUGUAGAAAAAGUCUCUGAUGUCAGGCAAGAGACAAUAAGAAAGCAUAGAGUAUAUGUGGCAGGGCAGAGUGAGGAGAAAAUCAGCAGAUAUGGAAGGCAUUUUAUAGCAAUCAUUUUUUUUUCAAAAACCCACUGCUUCUCACUCCUCUGCAGUGGUGGUGAUGGCAGAGAGGAGCUGGUAAGUGAGCAGGUAGCCAACUCCUAAUUUCUAAAUUACUGUCCAGCCCCACCAAAUACCUGGAAUUGGAUUGGGAGCGAUAGGCUGCCUUUGACACUGCAGCUCAGUAGGGCUUUUGGCAUUGACAGGUAGGUGUUUGGGCCUGUGCAGAAGAUUUUGACGGUUUAAUGCUAUAAAAAGUAGGGAUUCUCUGUAGUGAAGAUCUUGCAGAACAAUACAGUGUCACUUCUCAUGGACGACAGUCUAAAAACUACAGAGGAAAGAGCAUUGAGAGCAAUGGGCACAGAGGAAGAAACCUGAAAUUUACAUGUCAGUUCUGCCGCUGGCAUUGAGCAAGUUCCUACACCUUACUGGACUUCAGUUUCCACAUCUACAAAACAAUGUUCUGUAGUAGGAGAUUUUACAAAGAGUAUGAGGCAUCUGCAACGCUCUGGGUUCUACUGGAGAAACAAAACCAGUAAAUCAUAUAUGUAUAUGUGUAUGUGUGGAUUGAUUGGGUGCAAGGAAUUGGCGUAUGCACUUGUUGGGGGGUUAGGCCAACUUGAACUCCGUAGGCAAGCUCAAGCAGGUGUGGCCACCACGGUCCACAGGUGGGAUUUCUCCUUCCUCAAGGAAACUUCACUUUUGUUCUUAGGAACUUUCAACUGAUUGGCUGAGGUUCAUCCACAUCACUGAGGUUAAUCACUUUUAUUUAAAGUCAAUUGAUUGUAGAUGACGUUAGCCACAUCUACAGAAUACCUUCAACCUAGCCAAGUUACACAUUAAACUAACCAACACAGCACCCAAGCUUGUUUUUCCUUGUCCUUGCUGCAGCUUCUGAGAGCCGGGGGAACAUCCCUGGGGCACUAUUUAUGUGGAACAAACAAAAUAUGGUAGAGAUGCCAGCCCUCUGUGGAAAAAACCUGCCCUCUGGUCCUCGGAGAGUCAAUCUAGGAAUCGUUAACGAGGGAACUGCCUGUGAUCCCAAAAGAGAAGGCACAGAACCCCUUUCCUCUUCCUUUGUUCUCACAGGCACGAGCGUGUAGGAAGAGUAGUGGUGGGGACCCUAGGCAACCGAGAGAAAACUGGAAUCUGGGAGACCUGGAGGUCAGCACAGCUUGUCAGGCCCAUGUUAGGACUUGGAUAGAAUCAGCCUGGGACUGGAGUGAGACAGUGGUCGCAUUCUUGUUCUCAACGUGGAAAAAUCUGAAAUUCACUUUUUCUGGUCGUGACCACUCUGACUUGCAGUGCCUUGUGGGAGUAACUGGGUGUGUGUUUACAUGCACGUGUAUGUACCUGUGUAUCUAUUUAGCGGGGAGUUUCCUGUUCCCACUGGAGAAGUUAAUAACCUUUGGUGCAGACUCACUCUGUUCUAGAAGAGCACUUUUGGGGAGCAGGGGUGUGGGAAAGAGCAUAACAGGGAGUUUCAGGUGAACCACGGCUGGUGCCAGAGGGGGAGCUGCGGUUUCCCUCCCACAUACCCAUUGGAUGACGUGGAGCUUGGAGGUUGUUGAGCAGAGAUUGGACAAAGGUAGUU